AUGACAGAGUAUCUCCGAGUUCAUACCGAGAGGGGGCGCUUGUCCUAUUUGCCUGACCAGCCUGAGCGCCACUCGUGCUGCGCUUUAUCUCCCGCCGAACUCUUCCAGACUCGCAGUCCGCUCUUCAACCCACGCAGUCGCCGGCCCCAGCGCAUCCACAUCGCCCGCGUCCCUCCCGAUUACUCUCUCGCUCGUAAAAAAUCUCGACGAGGCCGUCCGGUGGUCAUUGAAAAGCUGGCGGGCCCACGGGAAAACGCGAAACGCUUCCUCACUGCCUUCUUCUCUCCCCACCUCGGCGAGAAAUCACCUACUCCUACCCGCCCUCCGAGUUUCAGCGCCGAGGAUCCUGGCUCUUCGUUGUCCACGGAGAGCCAGAGGGAACCGUCGAGCGACACAAUGCGCAGCUUGCCGAGGAAUACUGCAGGGGGACCGGUCGACGGAGCCGUUGCUAGGCCGCCGCUCAUUGAUAGUGUCAGAUCGACGUCUAGUCAGACGAGUAGCAAUCGCAAGAGCAUCAUCUCUUCAUUCACGAGAACCAUACCGGACGAUAAGCCGCUAGCGACAGGAAAUGGAAUUAGUCUGGGAAUCUCGUUGGCGGAGCCUGUUCUGUUCCUUCAAGGAUUUGAGCACACGGAGCACUCGGAAAGGAGUACUGCGAUGCUCAGAGGCAGCCUGCAUCUGAGAGUCUCAAAAAGCACAAAGAUCAAGGCUGUUAGCCUGAAGUUCAAGGGCCGUGCAGUCACUAAAUGGCCUGAAGGUAUUCCGCCGAGGAAAACUGACUUUGAAGAAGUGGACAACAUCAUGAGCCACACAUGGCCGUUCUUCAACGCCCAAUUCCCCACUGCGGAGUCCGGACCGUGCGCGGAUCAUAUCGAAUUGUACGAUCGCUCCGCAACUCACCUCGCUGUUCCCGGUAAGAGCGUUAGCAAACUGUCGUUUGACUCGUUUUCUCCAAUGAGCUCGAGUACGAAUCUCAGCACCAAAGACCAAAAGAGGCUAUCAUUACAAGUGAACCAAUCGAGGAGCUUUGGCAAAGGUGAUUCGUCUUCUGGAGGGCCCACUGUUGCGCAAAAAGGUUAUAGGACGUUUCAACCUGGCGACUACGUCUAUAAUUUCGAAUUGCCGCUUGAUAGCCAUCUUCCGGAAACGAUCGACGUAGAACUUGGGUCUGUUAAAUACGAACUCGAAGCCGUGGUGGAACGUGCCGGUGCUUUCAGAGCCAAUCUGGUUGGAAACAAGGAAGUGGUCCUCAUCCGGGCACCAGCGGAAGGCUCUCUCGAGCAGGUCGAACCUAUCGCCAUUAGCCGGAAUUGGGAAGACCAGCUGCACUAUGACAUUGUCAUCUCCGGGAAAUCUUUCCCACUGGGUUCGCAGGUGCCUAUCGCUUUCAAACUCACGCCGCUUGCCAAAGUGCAAUGCCACAGGAUAAAGGUGUUCGUUACCGAAAACAUCGAGUACUAUUGCAACAACAAACGCGUGCAUAGGAUAGAGCCAACGAGGAAAGUGCAGCUGUUCGAGAAGAGGGCAGACGGACCGGCAAACAGUACGUAUCCCGGAAGCUCUAUGAGGAUCAUCUCAGGCGGUGGUGUCCCAUUCGACCAGAGAGCUGCUGCGGCUCGGGGAGACGUAGACAACCUCACUCUCCAAGAUUCGACGAAUCUACUUGGAUGUCUUGACGGUGAUAACAAUAUUGGCCCGACGGAGAUGGAGUUUAGCGUCCAGUUGCCCAGCUGUCACACUCAACGUGAGAAGGGAGAGAAGUUCCAGAAGCUGCACUUUGAUACGACGUACGGCAACAUUCAGGUGCACCACUGGAUAAAGAUUGUGAUGCGUCUGUCAAGGCCCGAUCAAAACGACCCCGGAAAGAGACGGCAUUUCGAGAUCUCUAUCGACUCGCCGUUCCACAUCCUUUCCUGCCGGGCUACUCAGGCCAACACUGCACUGCCGGCUUACUCGUCUCCCGAAUCCGGUGACGGUAUCUCGACUCUUCCGGAAUGCGGCUGCCCCAAUGCCCCUGUACGACGUGGCUCUCCUGCAUCGUUUUUACCUACGAUCAAUGCGCUCAAUUCAGCUCGCACAACCAACGCCGUGGAAGUUCCAAGUCCCGGACUCGCAAGACCGCAGGCAGCGCACAUUGGGGGUCCAAUUGUCCCGCAGUUGCAAAGACCCAUUCAUCUCGUGCGCGCGCCCUCGUUUAAUCCACCCGCCUUUGAGGAUGAGGAGCCGCCUCCGCCUUUGCAGACGCCGCCGCCGGAGUAUGAUUCGAUUGCGAGCCCGACCAGCGGCCUUGCUGACUACUUUACGCGACUGUCCGACGCUUAUGAUGAUGACAGCGACGGGGAAGGAAACACAGUGCGGACGCCGGGUCGGGUUGAGGUCCCCCUCACUCCCGGCAGCCGGGUGAACCGCAGCAUGGACGAACAGCGAUCAUGGGUACCCCUCGGCCAUAUCGCGCAAUAG